GUGACCUGCCGCUGGCCGAGGGAGCGGCUUCGACAGGAAGGCGGCAGAGGGGCCCGGUCACCCAGCCGCAGCGAUGAGCUCGGCCAGGGAGUCCCAGGGCCACCACGGCCACAAGCGAGCGGCCUCCCCCGAUGGCUCCAGCAGCUGGGAGGCGGCGGACCUCGGCAACGAGGAGCGUAAGCAGAAGUUCCUGCGGCUGAUGGGCGCUGGGAAGAAAGAACAUACUGGCCGCCUUGUUAUCGGAGACCACAGAUCAACCUCUCACUUCAGGACAGGGGAAGAAGACAAGAAAAUGAACGAAGAACUGGAGUCUCAGUACCAACAAAGCAUGGACAGCACCAUGUCUGGACGAAACCGGCGCCAUUGUGGACUUGGUUUCAGUGAGUUUCAGGAAAGUGAAGAACAAGACGAGGCUGCUGGACACUCCUCUGACGAGAGUUCAGAAGACUCUGAAAGUGGCUCUGAGUCAGAGCAAGAAGAGUCUGCAGAGGAGCUGCAAACUGCUGAAAAGCAUGAUGAAGCUGAGGUUCCAGAAAACAAAAAAGAAGCUAAAAGCAACUAUAAAAUGAUGUUUGUUAAAGCCAGUGGUUCAUAACUGCAGAUGUAACAGCUUUGUAUUUAAAGUACAGUAAGCCUUAUUGUUACAGUGCAGAGUGGAGGACUGCUACAGCACAAAUCUUUGUAUCAUGAUUUUAAAAUAAGACCCCAUUAGAUGACAAAAAGUAGUCUUUGCUUUCUGUUGCCAUGGAUAACAUUUUUAUGGGCAGAGUGGUAUUGCUGUUUUUGUAAAGUGUAUAAAAUACUGGAUGGAGAAAUAAAUUCUUUUUGUUCUUGCCCAAGCUUUACAAAUGUUAUCUAAUCUCUCCUACCCCUUACUCCAUUCCAGAUAAGGAGACUUCAUGUUAGUGGUUUCUUUAUAUCAUACCCCAGUCUUGAGUUUUUAGCUUUUAAGAUACAUGUGACUUACUGGAUGUUGCAUUAGUUGUAAAAUACCAAUAUCAGCACUAUUCUGUGAUGUGCUAGAGCUUUAAACAAUGAUUUUGUCUAUAAAUGCUAGUGUUGACAGGGCUAAGAGCAGAACUUGCUCACUGUGGUGACUGUAUCCGAGGUCCUACAGCAGCUGUACAGGAGGUAUUUCAGAAACACGCUCAGACACUGGAAGGCUGCAGUUGCUGCUGUGGCUUCAGAGUGAAGGGGAUGAGCUGUAGUUCUUUAAACCUUGCACCAGAAGAGAGUGAUUUUUGAAUUACUGGCUCCUGCUUAGAGCACUGAGCUGUAACUAAAAACAACAACUCCUGAAGAAACUAGUUUACUUUGAAAGAGAAAAUAUACUUUGAUAAUGAAAAGGAUAUAAAACCCCCAGCUUUUUAGCUUUUUUAAAGUGUAGACUACAGAGUUAUUGUAUAGGAGCCCUUCUGCCUCUUCUCCCCAUACACACAUCACAUAGAGGUCUAAGUCAGUGAUUACAAAAAGGCUGUACCUCUCAAGCUGAUAUGCUCCAAGAGUCAGGAUUUCAAGCAACUCCUUCCAGCAAGAACGAAGGAAAGCCAUUCCUCUACAAACUUAAGAGUUUAUUGCAUUCAACUAAUUAAUAAACUAUCAGAACAUUUUAGACUUUGUCUCCUCUUAGUACAUCAGAGAUUAACUGCCUCUCCUUGCUGGGAGAGCAGAACAUUUGAUCUGUACCUCUAGUACAGCCUCAUUCUGCCACAACAGUGCUUCAAGAAACACUCCAGAUGCUUGUGGAGAGUAUUCCAUUCCUGCAUGCAAUUUACAAUGUGCAGGCAACAUUUACAAAGCCAGUUGGUUUCAUGAGAGCAGCUGUAUGUACUAUCAUUGUAUAGGUUUAUUGAACGUAAACAUUGCAGCAUCAGUUACCAGGGGAGGACUUGGAAUAAGUUACAUUAUGGAAAAAAUAAAAGUAAUCUGAUUGUAA